AUGCAGCCCGAGCCUGACAACGGCAGCAGCAACGCCGCCGCCGCAGCAGCAGCAGCAACAGCAGCAGCAGCAGAAGCCAAACAACCUGCUGCAGCCCCACAAGGCUGCUACCUCGCCUUCAGCAACUUGAGCUGCAGCAUAAAGAGAAAGGGCCCCAAUGGCAAAACGGAGACAGUGCAAAUUCUACACCCUAUUUCAGGGGUGAUAAAGCCUGGGAGGGUGAUAAAGCCUGGGAGGGUGAUAAAGCCUGGGAGUGUGGUGGGGAUACUGGGUCCUUCGGGGGGAGGCAAAUCAACUUUAUUGAAUUGUUUAAAUGGAAGACAAAAAGACAAAAAAGGAAAAGUGUAUCUUGAUGGGCUUCCUGCGGUGUACAGACACCUCAACUCCAAAGCUAUCCACCUCCCCCAGAAAGUGGGCAACGCGAGAGAAAGGGGCAUUUCGGGGGGCCAAAAGAAACGGCUGAUGGCCGGCCAAGUUUUUGUCUCCUUUGCUUCUCUUUGUUUUUGCGACGAAAUCACUUCAGGUUUGAGUUCGAGCGACGCGUGCAGCCUGCUGCGGGGCCUGCAGCAGCUGGCAAGGGCCCGCAGAGCUUCUUUCAUUUUGGCAAUUCACCAGCCCCCUGCUGCUGCUUUUUGCUGCUUCGAUUUUAUCUUUUUGCUUUCCAAAGGCUUUUGCGUCUACAGCGGACCCGCAGCAGACAUGCCCUCUUACUUCGCGGCACUCGGAUGUCCCCCGCCUCUGCACGAAAACCCCGCGGAGUUUUACGUGGAGUUGUUAACUCCGGGAUGUCCAAAUUUUAAAUUAAAUGAAUUAAAAGAAGCUUUUGAAAAGUUCCAAAAACCAGCCCUCGAAGCUGAGGUGUACAGACACCUCAAACGCAUGCAAGCCAUCCACCAGCACAGAGGACACUCGCCCCACACAGAUUUGCUCGAGGACGCGGACGAAACAGGCACCAGCAAAAGGCAAAGCGCAGCAGCAGCAGCAACAACAACAGCAGCAGCAAAUGAAGAAGAAGAAGCAACAGCGGCAGCAGCAGCAGUAGCAGCAAUGGAGGGAGAUCCAGCAGCAGCAGCAGCUGCUGCAAUGGAGGGAGAUCCAGAAGCGGCAGCAGCAGCAACAGAGGGAGAUCCAGCAGCAUCAGCAGCAAUAGCGCAGAAAGAAAAAGAAGCAACAGUCACAGCAGCAGCAACAGCAGCAGCAGCAGUAAGAAGCAACGAAGAAGAGCUGCUGCUGCUGUUUGGAGACGCCAGCGUUCGCAGAGCCCCCGUCUUUUACCAACUCUCCGCCCACGUCCUCAUGUGCAUAGCUCUCAGCAUUAUUCCUUUUGUAAACACUGUCACAUAUUUGGAAAGAAAACUUUUGUUCAUGCACGAAGUCGCCGACGGCUUCUAUUCCCCGGGGCCCUACUUGCUUGCAGAGGGCAUAACGAGUUGUUUGGUGAUGACGGCCACUCUGCUGCCUUCGCUUUUAAUUGUUUUCGUUUUUUGCAAUUUUCCCUUUGACAGAUUUCCUGCUGCCUUUCUUAUCUACUUUAUUUUCGAAGCAGGUUUGGGGCUGGCGGAGUGGUGCAGGGCGUUGGCGAGUUUGCAGCCUAUGCGCGAGGGUUUGAGACGUGUGCACAGGUCCGUGCUUGCUCCCCUCCGUUUUCUGUUGUUUUUGUCUCCUUACUUUUACCUUUUUGAGGGUUUGGCCAUUGCGCUCUACGACGACAACGAAGCCAUUUUUGGGGACCCCGAUCGCGCGGCCACGUUUGGCUACUACAGCGCACAAGACUUCUUCUCGGAUUAUGGAUUAGGAGGGGCGGCUGCUGCAGCUUUGCAACGCUUGCUGCGGCUGCUGCCGCUGCGGGUCUGGCUGCGCAAGCUGCAGCUACAGCAGCUUGUGCUACUGCUGCUUGACUUUCAACGGCGGGGCCUCCCGGGCCGCGGGGCUGGCGCAGUGACCACCCGCGAGCCCCCCCUGAAACUCGGGCUUGCGGACUUGUGUUUGGCUCCUUUUGGAGUCUAUAAACGCGGCUUUCAAGUGCACGCAGCCCCAGGGGCCCCUCGGCUUUCAAAAACAUUUAAAAAUCCCCAAAAAUCCGCGAAAAUGGUGGUCACUGCGAGCCCCGACACUUACUACCACCUCCUUGAAUAUGGAAUGCACAAAAUGCGGCUGCGGCUGGACCGCCUCUUUCUGCAGGCGUUCAUGGCGGGGGUGUACGUGGGGCUCGCGGGCCACUGCUGCACGACCAUUGCGGGGGCGUUCUCGGUGCAGCCGGAGGACCCGCUGGCGGUGCCGAAGGCGGUGCAGAAACUGGUGUACGGAAUGCUGUUUCCCGUGGCGUUUAUUAGCAUUAUUUGGACAGGAGCUGAGCUAUUUACGGGAAAUACAAUGACGAUGUUGGUUUGCAUUUUGGAAAGGCGCAUAAAAGUGUACCAACUGGCAAUAAACUGGAGUUUCAGCUUGGUGGGGAACUGGCUGGGGGCCCUGUUCGUGGCCUUCUUCCUCUCGCACCUCACGGGGGCCCUUGCAGACCCUCAUGUUUCGUUUUUCCUUUUCAAAACUGCAAAAGAUAAAACUAAUUAUUCUUUUCUUUCUUGUUUUUUGCGAGCCGUUGGCUGCAACGCCUUCGUCUGCCUCGCCGUCUGGUUCGUCAUCGCCACCGACGACGGCGCCGGCAAAAUCAUGGCCCUCUGGUUUCCGAUUUUGGCGUUUUGCGUGGGGGGCUACGAACACAUUAUUGCAAACUUCUAUACUCUCCAAGUGGCCCUCAUGGCGGGGGCCCCCAUUUCUGUGGGAGCUGUUGUUGUGAACAACUUCAUUCCCACGCUUCUAGGAAACCUGGCCAGCAAACCCUAA